CACGAAGAAGAAAUGGGGCGAAGAAGAGCCAAUGUGCUAUUCUUGUGCAGCUCGGCGUAGGCUUGUGUUUGGCCAAAUUUCCUGUUUGAUAUCACGGAAUUGCCUUUGUCUGCCGCUUACCCGUCAUCGGACUGCGCAACUCGCUCGGGUCGCGUCCCAUGGCGGCGGAGGCGUCUCCCCCGGGGAGCCCGGAGAAGCCCCGCCCGCCGGUGAGAGAGGCGGGCUGCCAGUGGGAGGCCGCCGCCGCCGUCGAGGCGGGCUGUCAAAGCGACGUCGCCGUCCAGACGGAUCCGCCGUCCAGACGGCCGCUCCGGAGGCGCGCAGGCCCGUCCGGCGCGCCGCUUCGACCCCGCGCUCCGAACGGCAGGAGAGAGGCCGCGGAAAGCGCCUCCGAGGAGCGGGCGGCGCCCCCGGCCGCGGACGUCUCGCCGUCCGGCGCGCGACCGCGGAGGACGCGUCGUCUUCCCAAGUGGCGCGAAGACCCGCCGACGUCGUCCGAGGAGGAGGUGCCUCCAGGAGGUGCGACGGCGGUCAAGUCGGAGGCGGAGACCGUCGUGUGCGACGUGUGCGGUCAGGUGAUGAAGAACAAGUCCAGCUUGGCGCGCCACUCCUUUAUCCACACGGGCCAGAAGCCCUUCGCCUGCCACCUGUGCGACCUGCGCUUCAAUCGGCAGGACAACCUGCGCUACCACCUGAGCCGGCUGCACCCGGGGGGCGCGGCCCGGCGCGAGCGACGGCGCCCCGGCCCGACGUGGCUGUGCCACGUCUGCGGCAAAAUCUUCCGCUGCCGUUCGGCGCUCCGGACCCACGAGGUCAUCCACCUGGGGAUCAAGCCGCACCGCUGCGACCUUUGCCCCAAGGCCUACAUGCGCGCUAACGACCUGGAGCACCACCGGGCCACGGUGCACGGGGACGAUGGGGAGGCGGAGGGGGCGCCGCGCCGCCCGGGCUCCUUGUUGUGUCACUUUUGCGGCAAAGAGCUGAAAUUCCGCUCGCAGUUGGCAGCGCACCUGCUGACGCACACGGACGAGCGGCCGCACCUCUGCGACGUCUGCGGGCGCAAGUUCUCCCGCCGCCACCAGAUGGAGCGCCACAAGCUCCUUCACGUCGACGGCGGCGCGCCACCCUGCGAGGUGUGCGGCAAGCGGUUGAAGACGGAGGCGCUCCUGGCCGCUCACCUGCGCCUCCACUCGGCCGACGAGCCCUUCCGCUGCGGCCGGUGCCCGCGCCGCUUUGCGGGCCCGGCUCGCCUCGAGCGGCACGUUUCCCGCGUGCACCCCGGGGAGAGCGGCGGGGCGGCGUCGCCGCGGGCGGGGCGGGCGCGGCCCCCCAAGGCCUUCCCUUGCGCCACCUGCGGCAAAGAGUUCAAGUUCCCGUCGCUGUUGAGCACUCACGCGGCCGUGCACAGCGAGGAGCGGCCGCACGCCUGCGACUUCUGCCCGCGCCGCUUCCGCCGGACGGGCCACCUGAAACGUCACCGGCGCGUGGUGCACCUGGACGGCGCCCGCCCGCCCCAGAACUUCGUGUGCCACGUCUGCGGCGAGGACAAAAAGUGCCGCUCGCAGCUGGCGCGUCACGUCAUCAUCCACACGGGCGAGCGACCUUUCGCCUGCGACCUGUGCUCCGCGCGCUUCAAUCGGCGGGGCAACCUGCGGCAGCACAGGAAACGCGUGCACGGCGUGGACGAGACGCCGCGGGAGGACGACCCGCCGCUCGUCUUCGACGACCUCGACGAGGACGCCGCGCCCGCCGACUGACCUUUAUCGCGAUCCUGGGUUUGUCGGACCGGUACCGAAAAAGCUCUGACCGCGACGGAUCGACUCGGACUCGUGUCCGGACCUGGCCGGGCUUCUUUUUCGGCCGGCCGGUUCCACGUCGCUACGGGCUAACCUCUUUUUUUUUGGGAGGGGGGGGGGCCAACCCCCCCGCUCGGAGAAAUGGCCGCUCAUUCGCGGCUUUGAAAACAUGGCGGCAAUUAGGUUUAGGUUAGGAAGAUGGCAAUUGUUCAGCCUACGUCGACAUACAGUAUGAAUUUCAAGUGCCUGACACAAUAAAAAGUAGCGUGACAAAUGGAGUUGUUUUUUUGUUUUUAUUUUACUUUGACGAUUGUGGGAAAAGAUCAGCCGGGCUCAGCGAGGCGGGAACGUGACGCUGGGUCCCGUCGGGGCGACGUCGCCUUCGGGCGUCUCGGAGAUCCAAAGCGUCGCCGACGGUCUGAGGGAGGCAUGCCGGGCCGUGAGUGUUUGCGUGAGGGCGCGGACCUCAACUUUUGCCCCUACCUCCUGCCGAGCGCGCGGCAACAACCGGUGGCGGCCGCCGCCGCCAUCAGUAGCACCAGCGGGACGGCGGGCAGGCUCACGUACAGCAGCGGCCUGCCUAUCGUACACAUCACACACACAAAAAAAAUUGUCAUUAGUUUGUUUAAUUAAAAAAAAAAAAAAAAUGCAGGGCAUUUUUGUGUGGGGUAAAAGUAAUUUUCCUAUGUUAAAUAAAUGGCAAGGUUUUUUUUUUCCAACUUUAAAACCAACCAUGUAUAUUCAGGCAUAUUUUAUGGGCGGAAAAAAGACCAUGUAUACUUGAGGUCCGAUGUUCUGCAAUUAUUUGGCGAGACGUCUACACAAUGCUCAACAUCUGCACGUUGGUUAAAAGCAGCGAAUUCUGGCUAGUUUUUGUUUUUUAUUGAGUUCUCUGUGACCUUUUCAUUGCCUGAAAUAUGUGUUUUGCAUGUAUUUCCCUCUCAUACUUUUAACCUUUGUGUUUUCUUGUGGUGCAGUGGUGAUCUGGUAAGCACAGUUAUCAUGUAGUGUAUUUAAACCGUCCUAACUAUAUAGAAGUAUUUUCUGAAGGCAUUUUUUUAGUAUGUUCUGUCUGCAUGCAUCAAAAGAAAACAAGUUGAAAGCGCGCGGUAGUACUUUGGGUGUCAAAUUCGCCUCAUGUCAGAACUUUUGGCAGAGUGCUCCUUGAAUCAAAUGAUCGGCAGGAGCCUGAUUAUUUGAUUCAGGUGUGUUGGAAGAGGGAGACAUGGAAAUCAAGCUGGAUAGGGGCUCUCCAUUACGCGAGGGACCCUGUUAGAUUUUUUUGAAGUAUGGUCAGGUUUUGUUUUUAGAAAAUGACAUGUAACCACGGAACCACGACGCGAUCCGUC